UCACCCGUGCAGGAGGCUACGAUGGUCACCUCUUUAUCAUUCACACAGUCACACUUCACAUCAGCGCCACUUUAUGUAUCUGUUGGCCAAUCAAAUCCAUCAUCAGUGAUGCUGUCACUGUUUGCGACGCUCGCAGCCAGUAUCAUUACGCUUCUGGACUAAACGAUUUCAAAAUGACUCGAAGGAAGUUUAAGCCUUGCCCCUCCUGCCAAGCACCUAACCAGCUGAGCCGCAAAACCUGCAGCUCUUGUUUCACAACCAUCUCCAAAAAACCCAAAGUAAUGGCCAAAAAAGUGUCCCUGGACAGGAAGUGGGGGGAAAGGGUCCUAAAAAAUAGAAAUGCGGGAAGAGUGGUGGACUCUGCCUAUAUUGCAGUGAAAAAACUAAGUUCAUUGGGCUAUGUCCCAAUUCUGUUUUUCGCCAGAAAGGAUAAGGCCUCUGGAAAGUGGGUGGCCGAUGUGGUGACCCAUCUGCCACCCACUGAGGAUAACCUAAAAAUUGUGGCCACCAUGAGAAAGGCCUACCAUUUUUUAUUGAUCAAAGAAGGGAACUCCACAACGACAUUGCCAGAGUCCCAGCAUCAGGCCCAGCCAGAGUCUCAGCAUCAGGCCCAGCCAGAGUCUCAGCAUCAGGCCCAGCCAGAGUCUCAGCAUCAGGCCCAGCCAGAGUCCCAGCUUCAUGCCCAGCCAGAGUCCCAGCUUCAUGCCCAGCCAGAGUCCCAGCAUCAGGCCCAGCCAGAGUCCCAGCAUCAGGCCCAGCCAGAGUCUCAGCAUCAGGCCCAGCCAGAGUCUCAGCAUCAGGCCCAGCCAGAGUCUCAGCAUCAGGCCCAGCCAGAGUCCCAGCUUCAGGCCCAGCCAGAGUCCCAGCUUCAGGCCCAGCCAGAGUCCCAGCUUCAUGCCCAGCCAGAGUCCCAGCUUCAUGCCCAGCCAGAGUCCCAGCUUCAGGCCCAGCCAGAGUCCCAGCAUCAGGCCCAGCCAGAGUCUCAGCAUCAGGCCCAGCCAGAGUCCCAGCAUCAGGCCCAGCCAGAGUCUCAGCAUCAGGCCCAGCCAGAGUCCCAGCAUCAGGCCCAGGAAAAGGAGACAUUUUAUCUUUUAGAUUUAUACCCUGUCUCUCUCCCUGUGAAAGAACAACCCCCCCCCCAAAAAAAGAAAGUGUUGCCGGAAAUGUAGUAGGCAACAAAUUUUCAAAUAUGACUCCAUAACAGGAACAAGGAUGAAUGAGGGGCAAUCAGAAGUAAGGGUGAAAUGGUUACCUUGCAUGUGAAAAAAUCUGGGAGGAGACAUGGGAGCCGGCCUGCCAGUUCCCACCAGGUGCCAACCAUGUGUGAUGUCACCCAUUGGUCUGUGGAGAUCUGUGAUGAGUCGUCGAGUUUGCCGUUACGGGCGCAGCCAUCUUGGUUGCGGAUGUGACGAUUUUAGUAGACGAGAGGGAGGAGCCACGUUACGUUACACACUUUCACUGGCAAUCUCAUCAUAGCCACUUAAAAUUUGUGAUUAAGACCAUAAAAUCAUUAUGAACAUGUUUACUGAGUUAAUAUAUUAAGUUACAAGUGGGUCACUUUCUCAUAGACUUCUACAGAAACCAACUGCUAUAAUGCAGGUUUAAGGCACUUCCGCAUUUGCAGCAUUUUUCCGAACUGGAUGCUUUGUCCAUUAAUAUUAACAGUCAAUGGUUUCCACCCUAACAUGCUGUCAUGCUGUUUUUUUCUUUAUUAUUAUUGAUUUUUGUUAAAAGCUGUGUUCAAAUAAAUCAAAGUAUACCUUUA